UAUAUAUCGUAUUUUUUUAUCUUUAAUAACACUAAUUUAUAGCUGAGUAGCCGAGUCUAUUUUACCUAUAUUUUUUAUCUUACUUAUGUUUUUGACUGGCUCCGCUACCGACUGCACUGGAGCGCCGUUGCAUCGGUGUCUACGUCACUCCGGCCCACUCGACAGGCUCAGCAAUCGGCGGCAGCUAAACGAUGGCGCUUCGCGCGGCUGAGCUCCGGCGACUUCUCCUACUCCGUAGCGGCGGCGAGGCGGCCCUUCCCCCUCUCGCGUGGCGCGGCCGGCCGGCGAGCACCGCCGCCCCCGCGGACAACGAGCGCGCGGGGAGGAGCGCCUACGAGGUGCUUGGGGUGGGAGAGACGAGCUCCUACGCCGAGAUCAAGGCCUCCUUCCAUCGCCUAGCGAAGGAGACGCAUCCAGACGUCGCCGCGGCGGCGGGUUCCCGCCGAUUCCUUCAGAUCCUCGCCGCCUACGAGAUCUUAUCGGAUUCACAGAAAAGGGCUCAUUAUGAUAGCUACCUGCGAUCACAGAGGCGAGUUGUGCACAAGCAUCCUAGGCCGUCUCAGUAUGUCUAUCCAAGUGGUUCAGGCUCAGGCAUUGCAUUAGCUAGAGAGAGCAAUGUUGUUGAGUGGUUGAAAUGGUAUAGGCUUACCAUUGAUGACAUUGUUACGAAGAAAAGGGUUGCGACUGGCUCAGGUUAUUUUGAUAGGCUUGAAAGUGAACUGUACACAGCAAUCCACGCUGCAUACUACGGCCCCGAUGUUGAGUCCAUGGAUGUCCUUCCUGAUUGCUUCGAAGCUGAGGAGAGGUCUGUAUAUGAGACCUCUGAGCUAUUGCACCUUGUAUCAGGCCGUGAUCUGUUUGGUAUUGUUAGUGUAGCUGAUGGCGUCCAGGAGCUCACAGAUGCUUGUCGUGAGAAGGUGGCACGUUUUGGUUUUAGAACUUCUGGGGUUAUUACAAAUGUUUCGACAAAUGCAAAUAAGGAUUCAAUAUCUGUCAAUCCUGUUGAUAGACACAACAAAGAGAUGGUGUAUGAUGAUAAUCCUCCAUCAGAUGCCUACAAGGAUAUUGAGUUGCGUAUAUGUGGGAAAGUAGUGGCUACUGCAACUAGGAGCCCCAAGUGCAAUUGCAUUGACAAAGGGGAUGUAGAAGAUCACAUUCAUGUAUAUCUUGUUCCAAAUGAAGCGGUUGCAUCUGAUUUAAUGCAAGGGAAUCUUCUCCUUGGCACAAUUACUGGGUUGGCCACCACUGGGGAGGAAGGAGCCUGCUGUGUCUAUGAUGGACACGGCAUUAAGACACAUGUAAUUAUGAAGCACAGGACAUUGAUGGUUAAACACAUGCACUGGUAUCAAGUUGGAGAUGAAGUUUCACCCUGUGAGUGUCGAUGUAGUAGGGCCCAGUUGCCACCUAGCAGGUAUUGGCUCUUUGAACCUCGUUGCUACAUGCAUGAUACUGGUGGCUGGUAUAUUGAGACAUUUGGGAGAGACAAGAAAGGGAGGACAAUUCCAUCACAAAGACAGUGGGAUAGUUUCAAUGAACAUUCUGAAAAGAGAUUGCAUCCAGCAAUGUACCUCGUCACUCUUGCUUACAGAUCUUUAGAUCUUGAGGAUGCUCGAAGAAGACAAUGGAGCAUGAGUAACUUCUUGCAAUUGCCAUUAUCUCAUAUUCAUCAGUUAUUCAAAAAAAUUCUUAAUAGGGACAAGGGGGAUGACAUGAGGACACCAUGACAAUAGUUGUUUGGCGAACUCAUUAUCCUUCUUCAGCAGCUAGUCUGAAGCUGUGGUGUCACCCUUUGUUGGUUUCGUUCCGCCUAUCUUUGAGCAAACUGUUUGUCAGUGUGGCACUGUAUAGUUUGUGAGGAAAUUAUGCAGUUUUCUUGAAAUGAUAACUGGUAAGAACAUCUUUCUGAGGCUGUGGACUGUUCUGCAUGUUUGAUAUAGAGCGUGAUGGUGGGACUUGCAGAGUAUCUGCAAUGAAAUAGCUGACCCUAUGAUGGACUGUAAGUCUGCAUUCUGCAACUACUGAACUACUCUGUUAGUCUGGUACCACCUGAAGUCGCUCUAUACAUACCAUGUGGGUCCGUUGUCUACUAAUGGCUAUAGCCUAUAGCUUCAACAGUGUGUGAGCAAAAGGCUCCGGGAACAAAAACAUGAGCCGCUUAAUACGGAAAAGAACAAAAACCUGAGAAUUGACCAAGAACACUAACAUACCAAUGACCAGGAUGGAUGGAAAAGAAAAUAGUGAAGCAAGAAGUUUAUGAAGAUCCCACGGCUGAAGUUGAAGCUUUUUAUACGAGUUGAAGCAUUUCCUUGUAAGCAUUUGGACACCGGAACCUUCUGAAGGCUACAGCUGGUUAUGGAGUCAAUUAGCUGACUUGUUAACCAUACCUCGUCAUUUACUCUUAGUUAUUUUAGUUGAUUACCACUGCA